CGUGUGGGACCCCCGGGGUGCACGUGAGGACACCGCGUAGGGGCCCCGGGGUGAGCGGGGAGGGCCCCGCGUGGAGGCCUGGGCAGAACCACAAGUGGAAGCUCCGGCGACUUGUGGCCAUGCCCUUUUUGGCCUUUCCUUAAAUGAUCUUAAGGCUGGUAUUAGGUGUUAAUGCUUUUACUCCGGGAAACCUGGAAGGGCUGCCAGUCAAUCCUAGGGGGAAUCCAAAGGCCGCCCAGAAAGCUGGGACCUGACCAUAACCAGUGAUCGCUCAGACCGGGGUCCACACCCACCGUGGAGGCCGCAGCCUCCGGAGGCCUUCCACGUGCUGGUCGGUGGUAAUUGCCGUGAAAACAGAAAUUCCCAGGAGGUGCACUGAAGGAAAUAGUCACACUCCUCCCUCUCAGCUGCUGAGGAAUGGGGGAGCUGGAAGGAACAUACAGAGUCCUGCAGACCCCAGGGGCACGCCUGGGCACCACGACCCCCGCGGGCGUCAGCACCCUGGAGCCUGGGUUGGGCCCCCCGGCAGGGGCGGCGCGGCCAGCGACGAGGACGCAGCUCCGCGUGCAGCUGCUGGACGACUCCGUCGAGGUGUUUGACGUCGAGCCUAAGUGUGAUGGCCAGGUGUUACUGACGCAGGUGUGGAAGCGCUUGAAUCUGAUAGAAUGUGACUACUUCGGCCUGGAGUUUCAGAACGUGCAGUCCUGCUGGAUCUGGCUUGAACCUAUGAAACCCAUCAUUAGGCAAGUACGAAGACCAAAGAAUGCAGUGCUUCGCCUGGCAGUGAAGUUCUUCCCACCGGAUCCGGGUCAGUUGCAAGAAGAAUAUACACGCUACCUGUUUGCCCUGCAGCUUAAGAGAGACCUUCUGGAGGAGCGUCUGACCUGCACGGACACCACGGCCGCCCUCCUGGCAUCCCACCUCCUGCAGGCGGAAGUCGGGGACUACGAUGAGGCACUGGACCGGGAGCACCUGCGUGCCCGCGAGUAUGUGCCGCGGCAGGAGCGCGCCCUGCACAGGAUCCUGGCGUUCCACCGCGAGCUCGCGGGCCAGACUCCUGCUGAGUCAGACUUCCAGGUGCUGGAAAUUGCCCGGAAGCUGGACAUGUACGGCAUCAGGUUUCACUCGGCUUCUGACCGGGAGGGGGCCAAGAUCAAGCUGGCCGUGUCACACACGGGCGUCCUGGUGUUCCAGAGCAGCACCAGGAUCAACACUUUCAACUGGUCCAGGCUCCGAAAGCUCAGCUUCAAGAGGAAAAGGUUUCUCAUCAAGCUCCACCCGGAGGUCCAUGGGCCCUACCAGGACACCCUGGAGUUCGUGUUGGGUAGCAGAGAUGAAUGUAAGAACUUCUGGAAGAUCUGUGUGGAGCAUCACACCUUUUUCAGACUCUUUGAUCAGCCGAAGCCGAAAGCUAAAGCCGUCCUCUUCAGCAGAGGCUCCUCCUUCAGAUACAGUGGAAGAACUCAGAAACAACUUGCUGAUUAUGUCAAAGACGGUGGGAUGAAGAGGGUUCCGUAUGAAAGGAGACACAGCAAGACCCGGAUGUCUCUCCGUGCCCUCAAAGUGGACUUGCCACGGCAGAGCCUCUCGUUCUCCGAGGGUGUGAGGACUCCUGUGACGCCGUCGCCCACAGCCGCCUCCUUCUGCUCAGCCCCCGCGUCCCCUCUAGCUCCCCUGGGCCUGCGUGAUUCCCAGGUUGGCGGCGGCAGCUCCGAGACGGGGCCCCCCGCGCCCGGCGCCUGGCGGCCGGCUGCAGAGAGGAGCUCCGUGGUCGCGGCCCAGCCCCCCCAGCCGCCUGCGCUCCAGCCUCACCAAGGCCUUUCAGCGGAGAGUCCUCUGCCUUCUCCCUCCACCCAGAGGAGCCCACCGGGCCUGAGCCCCUUGGGCCCAGCAGCGCAGGGCCUCAGCCCCCUCCUGGGCCCCGUCCUCAGUGAUGCUGCUGGAGCCAGGAUGGACAACCGGGAGGAGCCGAGACGCAAGUGCGUGCCUGCGGACGAGGCAUAUUUCAUAGCAAAGGAGAUUCUCGCCACAGAACGAACAUACCUGAAGGAUUUAGAAGUUAUUACCGUGUGGUUCCGGAGCGCGGUGGUCAAGGCGGACGCCAUGCCUGCAGACCUGAUGACCUUGCUCUUCUCCAACAUUGACCCCAUCUACGAGUUCCACAGAGGCUUCCUUCGUGAGGUGGAGCAGAGGCUGGCGCUCUGGGAGGAAUCUUCUAGCACCCAGGCCACAGGCAGUCACCAGCGCAUCGGGGACAUCCUGCUCAGGAACAUGCUUCAGUUAAAGGCGCUCACCGGCCACUUCCAGCAGCUGCACGAGGUCCUGACGGAGCUGGAGGCGGCCAGCCGGCGCCUGCGGAGACUGGAGGCGCUGCGCCGCGACUUCGAGCUGCAGAAGGUCUGCUACCUACCGCUCAACGCCUUCCUGCUGAAGCCGCUGCAGCGCCUGCGCCACUACCGCCUGCUGCUGCGCCGCCUGUGCGCCCCGGGGCCCGGGGACCCCGGCCCGCACAGCCAGGACCGCGCCGACCUCCACGAUGCCCUCCAGGCCAUCACGGAGGUGACCUCCACGCUCCAACACAGCCUGGUCCAGCUGGAGAACCUGCAGAGGCUGACAGAGCUGCAGCGGGACUUGGUCGGCAUAGAGAGCCUGGUCGCUCCCGGCAGGGAGCUCAUCCGCGAGGGCUGCCUCCACAAGCUCACCCGGAAGGGCCUGCAGCAGAGGAUGUUCUUCCUGUUCUCAGACAUGCUGCUGUACACGAGCAGAGAUGCCGCAGGGAGCAGCCUCUUCCGGAUGCGGGGCCUCCUCCCGCUGCGCGGCAUGCUGCUAAUAGUGCUGGACCCUCCGGUGGAGGACCAGGCGAGUGAGUGGUCUGUCCCGCACUCUUUCACCAUCUACGCGGCUCAGAAGACCAUCAUGGUGGCGGCCAGCACCCAGCUAGAAAAGGCCAAGUGGCUGCACGACCUGAACACGGCCAUCGACGCAGCCAAGACAGGCAGCACCCCGGCCCCAGCACCCCCGGCCCGCAUGCUGUGCCCCCUGCCCCGCGAACCAGCUUUCUGGAUACCUGCUGAGAAAGUUCAAGAACAGCAGCGGCUGGCAGAAACUCUGGGUGGUCUUCACCAAUUUCUGCUUGUUCUUCUACAAAACCCAUCAGGACGACCACCCGCUGGCCAGCCUCCCACUGCUGGGCUACAGAGUGAGCCUCCCUGGGGACACGGACGGCAUCCAAAAGGAGCAUGUCUUCAAGCUGCAGUUCAAGUCCCACGUCUACUUCUUCCGGGCCGACAGCAAAUACACGUUUGGGAGGUGGAUGGAGGUGAUACAGAGAGCCAGCGCCUCAGCUGGGAGGGCCAGGACCCCCGAGGAAGAGGCCUGAGGCCCACCCUGCCCAGAUGGAGAAGCCGAGCAAACAAGCAGGGCCGGCAGGCACCCCACGACUGCCCGUCCCCCCAGGAGACUGGCGGUGGCAGGCGGGCUUCCUGGCGACACCCGGCAGCGAGUGCUCCCCUGGGACGCAAGCCAGUGCCUGGGCCCGGCAGAGCACCGGGAGAACGCGCGCGGUGGGGGCAGGCCAGCUCUGUGCGGGCGAGGUUGGCACUGCCCUGCCUCACCCACCUGCCCUCCUCCUGCCAGGCAGGGCCUCCCGACAGGCUGGGUGACGGGGGGGUCCAAGCACAGAAGCAUCUCUGGUGACCCCCAGCCCACAUUUCUGCAAAGUGGAAAGCAAGCCCCACUAAUUUAUCAUCCCAAGGAGUGUACGGUGCUGAGACACCGAAUGGCUGAGAAUAAAGGGUCUCCCCCCGGG